AUGGAUCAAAUCGACCGUCCCAGGCGACUUACCACGAUGAGCCUAACGGCAGAAACCUUACUAGCAUCACUCCACGAACACCUCGCCUUCCACACCGCACUCCUUCCGCAACUUCAUGCCCAGCUAGGGCUUCCUGCGACGGCGCUUGCGACAGAGUUACAAGAACUACGAACGGUACUGGCAGAUGCGGUCGAAGAGCGUGUUGAGAGACGCAAGCGGGAUGUUGCCUUGUGGGCCGACAAGUGCGAUGAAUUGGAGCGAAAAUGUCAAGACUAUUCUGUAGCGUUGGGCGGACCUAGUAUCGCUGGAACAAUCAAAGGAAUGAAGCCGGUUAAUGAGUUGAGAAAGGAGCAGAACUAUCCAAAGCGAUAUGAACUUUUAGAGAAAAAUUUAGCACUUGUCGUUCGAGUGCAUUCAGCCAAAUUAGAACAACUCCAGGCACUGCAUGCCAGGAUACGAGCACUUGUUAGUGCUGUAGGCGAAGACUUCUUUCCUCCAGAUAUUCUUGAACCCCCUGGCCAAAUACCUAUCCAACUAGAUAAAAAUGAAACUCGACUCAACUCGAACCGAGUUUCCAAAGCGACUGCUCGUUCAACCCGAUCAUCAAUUCUCGCGAUCAACGGCCUUGCACCGGCUGCACGCCCCUCUGAUCUCACCAUCUCUGCACUCGGUCCCGUUCCGCUUACGAAUGGCACCACACAUACCCACCAUUCCAUAUCUCCUGGACCAUCUGCUCACCCUCCACCUUACGACUCGACCCUGCCAUCACCCCCAGCCUCGGAUUAUAUCCCUCCGGCAGAUGUAUCCCCUGCCCAUUUCGCCCGCCUCGACAGAGAACUUCAGCGAGCCAAACUUGCUCUCACCGAGCGCAGAACAGAACUAGCGCGCACGCUCUUGCACGCUUCAUGGAUGAUGUUGGAAAUGGGAAUGGAAUUGCCCAGUGAAGAAGACGGAUGGGACGAUGAAUCCCGAGAUGACGUUACCGAAGGCGACCGUGCCUUUGUCAAAUUCCUAAGAGGCCUGGUCGACGCCGAGGCCGAAAUGGAGGCGGCGGGCGAGUGUUCCGGGGAUGCUGAGGAUGGGAUGAAAGCGGCUAUGCGGGCCGUCGAACGCUUGGAUCCGAAACCGGAAAUUGUAGCAUGGUCGUCCGAGUUGGUUAAAGCGCUCGAAGGCGAGCAGUCUCAUCGUGAACAGCGAAUCCAAGAUCUGUACAACCAGUUGGCACCACUGUGGACUCGACUUGAAGUUCCGGAAGAAGAGGUCGAGGCGUUUAUCGAACGCAACCAAGGGUGUUCGGAGAGGUCUGUCCUUGCCUACGAAGCCGAACUUAAACGAACAAAGGCUCUCAAGAGCGAACAAAUGGUCGCUUUUAUGGCUCACGUCCGAACUGAACUAACUCAACUGUGGGAUGCGCUCAUGAUGAGUAUGGAAGAACGAGCCGAGUUCGCAUGUUUCUGGGACGACGAGCCCUCUGAGGAUUUACUUACCCGACACGAAGACGAAGCCGCCCGCCUUCGAGGCGAACUCGCGAGCAAACACGCCAUACUCGCCAAAGCACAAAAGUGGGAGGCUAUCGUGGGCGAGCAGCGUGCACUUGCGGCUGCGGCUUCGGAUCAAACAAGGUUGACCGGACGUGGUGUGAGAGGUGAUCCUGGUCGACUGUUGCGUGAAGAGAAGAUGCGAAAGAGGGUAGAGCGCGAGAAGCCCAAGUUGGAAGCGGAGCUCGUAAAGGAGCUUACUCAGUGGGAGGAAGAGCGCGGACGACCGUUUACCAUGGAGGGUGUGAGACUGCUAGAUACCAUCAAUGAGGUGCGCGAGACUGAAGCUGCACUCAAGGAGCAGAAAAAGCGCGGUCGAGCUCCUACACCUCAGGGCCAGGCACCCCCAGCAGCUCCCGCAGCAAAAGCCCCCGCGCCCCGAACAGCUUCAAGGUCCAACCAGGAACCCCCAGCGAAGAAACCACGACUCGAGUCGGUAGGCGCCAAAGCCACACCUCUGGGCGUAUCGAAGAACACGGCACGGAGCGUGAGCACCAAUAAGCUUCCGGGCAACGGACGAUCGGUCAGCGCGACCGUUCCAAAGAGUCCGACCAAGACGUCCGGAACGUCGGCCGAGUUUGCAGUCAUGGGUAUGGGCAGGAGUGUUGGUUCCCGGCCUCGGCCCAAGCAACAACAACAGCCACAGCCAUCGCACCAGCAGCCAGACGAGAACGCACGAAAACCAGACGAGAGCAUUGUUCGCACUCCAGUUGCCAAGGCUGUGACCGGACGCCGACAGAGUUUCCGUCCUCGACCCAGUUUGGACGCCUGGGUUGCUGGUGCUGGUGCUGGUGGUCGAUUACCUGGGAUGUUGUUCCAAACUGCCGAAGUGGUGGUCAAAGAAGAAGACGAGUCGUAA